AACAUACAGUGAGUAUUUUUAUGUAGAUUAUACUUUGCUUACAUUUACCGCUCUUGAAUAGCUUUCAAUCCGUGCUGGACGGGAAUUGAUGAAUUUCCAUGCCGGAUAGGGCAACCAUGUUUUGAAAAUCACCUGGGUGUUCGAAACAAGUUAAUGGUUUGCUCAAGUUAAUAGCAGAACGGUGGAACUGUCUCCAUAUACGCGAGAGCGCCAUCGAAAGGCGUCAAGAUCAGCCAAUUUUCGAUCAACCACGUUCUCCAUUCGUGCAAAAUGUCACCACAACGACUGUUCUUUGGGCUGUUAGUAUACGCGAUUACCGCCUCAAGCUUAGCGCAAGAGAAAAAGGAUUGGAAAUGCGAGAAGAUUUCUAUUGAUUUGUGUAGAAGCGUUGGCUACAACGUGACAAGAAUGCCAAACCUUAUCGGCCAUGAGACCCAGAAGGAAGCUGAAUCGCAGCUCAAGCAAUUCCUACCUCUUAUUCAAUACGGCUGUGCAAGGGAACAACUGGUUUUCUUCUUAUGCUCUGCAUACGCUCCUAUGUGUACGGAUAAGGUUGAUGUAGUUAUCACAUCUUGCAGGCCGCUUUGUGAGUAUGUACGCAAAUCGUGUCUACCCGUGUUGACCGAGUUUGGUAUUCCGUGGCCGAAUCCUUUGAACUGUACACGGUUCCUCGUCAGAAAUAACGAGCGAAAUAUGUGUAUGCCCGGACCGAAUUUUACAGAAUCGCCUGAGAAACCUAGACCAGACUUUAAACCAAUUAAUGAUACUACGGAAAAGCCUCCAUCUACGGGGUCAGAACAAUGCCGGAGAUUUAAAAACAGCAAGAAUUAUUUCUACGUUCAAAGCACCGAGUCUUGCGCUGUUCGAUGUAACGAAGAUGGCAUCUUUAAGACCUCCGAUAAGGAAACUAUGGAUAUUUGGAUCACUAUUUGGUCUAUUUUCUGUUUUAUUUCCACGACUAUUACUCUCACAACGUUCCUGAUUGAAACUGGUCGAUUCAAAUAUCCCGAGCGGUCGAUAAUUUGGUUAGCACUGUGUUAUAACUUCUAUUCGCUCUCGUAUAUUAUACGCCUGGGCGCAGGGCGACAAGCCAUCUCAUGCGACACGGACCCAACUACACACGUAAAAUUUCACAUUCAAGACGGCUUAAGGAAUACGGGUUGCGCUAUUGUAUUUCUGAUCCAGUACUUCUUUUGCAUGGCAGCGACGAUUUGGUGGGUUGUACUCGCAUUGACCUGGUUUCUUGCGGCUGGUAUGAAGUGGGGAUGCGAGGCUAUAGGCUCUUACGCUAAACUUUUUCACAUAAUCGCUUGGAUUUUGCCUUGCAUUAAGACUAUAUUUAUUCUCAUAACAAGAAAAGUAGACGGAGACGAGCUAACCGGAUUGUGUUUUGUAGGGAACCAAGACUUAAUAGCUCUUGCUGCGUUUGUUCUUGGGCCUCAGUUUACAUAUCUUAUUAUCGGGACGUUGUUCUUAAUCGCCGGCUUUGUUGCGUUGUUCCGCAUUAGAACAACCGUGCAACGCGGUGGACAAGCAAAGACCGACAAACUUGAGCGAUUAAUCGUUCGUAUCGGUAUAUUCUCCGUUCUCUCUACUGUCCCGGCGACUGCUGUUAUUGCAUGUUAUUUUUACGAAUAUGCAAACAAAGAAUACUGGUAUUACGGUCAGCGAGACGGAGCGGUAGCCGAACCAAACUUUAGUAUAUUCAUGUUAAAAGUGUUCAUGUCUUUAUUCACCGGUGUUAUAACAGGUAUGUGGAUAUGGUCCCACAAAACUAUGAACACGUGGAGAGCGUUCUAUUACAAGGUUUCCGGGAAACGUCCACCUAGGAAACUGGAAAGAAACGGUAAUGGCAAUACGAAUGAAACCACAGUUUGAAACACGAUAAAGGACUUUGUAUUACAUGCUGUGUUUAAACGGCGAGCUGGAAUAUAACGUCUUUGUUUAUGUUAUCGAGUCUAGUUGAACAAGGUAUAUAAGGAUGAAGUAUACGAGAUAUUAUAACUGUAUUGAGCAUUGGUCUUGUAUUAUAUAAAACAGACAUGCAAGGCUCGCGACGGCCAGGUGUAUUCUAGAUAAUAGAUCAUCAGAUAUUUUGAUCUGUGAAAAAAAGUUAACAAAAAAUAUAUGACUAACAAAAAAAUAAGAGUUGUACAAAGACAUUGCAGCCACCUUAUGAAAGAAUAACUGUUAAACUGGAAAAAUAUCAGCAUUUUUUUUUUCGUAUUUUUCUUUUCUUUUUUGUGCGAUAUCUUGACGCCGAAUUAGGUAUAAUUUCGGUAAAUCAGAAACUACGGCUUUAUUGUUAGUUGUGUGUUCGUUGAACCAUUCAGCACCGCUUGUUCAUUAACGCACAAAGAAGCCGUAUGUUCUCGAGUAGUCAUCUCGAGGGGAAAUGUCAUUCUAUACUGAAUGACAGACUACACUAAUUAGCGCAAAAUUUCAAGUACCUCACUUCAAUUCCCGAUAUAUGUCCAACCUUUUACCUGUAAAAGGUCUUUUAGCUUUGAUUUUAAUCAAUUAUAAAGCUUCAAUGAUUCUUUACAAGGUAAAAUGGGGUAUUGUUAUUCAGUCCCUGAUUAAAUAAAUAUUGAUAAAUGUCAAA